UGUUGAAAAACUGUCACCAAACCAACCUGAAGAGGAUAGUUUGAUGCUGUUCAGAUUAUAGUGUUGUUUUAAAGUUAUACACAAUUUAAAGCUCCUUAAAUACGACUUACAGUGACUUCGCAACGGGAAACAUGUCGUUUAUGAGAGGUGGGCGUCCACAACAACACAGCAAAGGAAAAAGGCCUGUUCGCCCCCCCAAGAAGGCAGCACCUACAAAGAGAGACUGGGUGAGCACUGUCAAUGACCUGUCCGUGCACAAGCUGUCACCUGCAGAGCUGAGCCAUCGCCAUGAGAUCCACAAGUCCCACAACAAGGCAGCGGCUCAGUGGGAGCUGAGAGAGAAAGCCCUACAGAGGCGCCUCAGACACGUGGGGAGCCCUGCACCGCUCGACAGCGCCAGCCUCAACAUCAUCAGGGAGGUGUUCUCUGACCAGCUGCUGCUUCAGGAUGUGCUGGCUCGCUCUGACAGAGCCAUGGCUGUGGUCAAAGACUUAUUUGGAGAUGCUCCACGCAGGCAGACUGGUCAUCCCAGUGUGACGAGGGCUCCAAACUGCGGAUCUGACUCAGGACUUCCUGUACUUCAAAGACCAGAUCCUCCGACUCAGCUGUCCGUGCUCAGCCAGUCUAUGAUGGACCAACAGGCUCUUAAUGAACUAGAAGCUUCAGAGGAAGACUACAGCGAUGAAGAUACAGGUCGUACUUCCCGAUCAGAAUAUCAUGUAAUCAAAAGGGCCAAUGUACGAAAAAUAAAGGCAGAGUCUCGGGGUAGAGGGAUACAGCGACAAAAAGCCAAUCGUCCCAACUCUGAGCAGGCAGUCAGGGAUAAAGCUCCUGUAACCCCCUGCACGUCAGACAGAGCUCCAGGACAUGCAGCUCUCAAUGCCACGGUGGCUGUUCAGCGCUUUAGAUCCAGACAGAGCCAGUCAGAGGAAGCCAUGGAGGAGCCGUCAGUCCUGGUUUCUCAGGUCUUGAACCCUGAGCCUCUAAACCAGUCAGGCAGGAUCAGUAGUCGCCCCAGCAGGAACAGGAAGUGUGUUUUUCAGAGUUCACAGCUGGAAGGUUCCUCUGUGGACUCCCUCAGUGGGGACCAGUCCAGCCUUGGUCUGCUGCAGGCCAUGCUGGGUCAGGUGGAGGCGGACCUGGAUACUCUGAGUCCUGACACUGCACCACCUUCAGCACAGAGUCAGAAUCCUCACAGAACACAAGGCCUCACUGGGUUCUCCGUUGCCUUGGUCUCCACCCUGGGACGAUUGGCGCACCUCCUCAAACAGAGGGAAGAGGAAGCUGAUGGAGAUGCUCGGGAGAGAAGAAGGCUAGAGGAGGAGUUGAAGGAGCAGCGUGGGCUGAUCGAUGCUCUCACUGCGGAGACGAUGACUCUGAGAGAGGAGGCCGCUGCCCUGCAGGCCGGGCUGCAGCAGCGCACAGAAGAGCUGGAGCAGAAGUUGGACACAGUGGUGCUGGUGAUGGGGGGACUCGGUCUACUGGAAGCUCACGUUGACCCCCCGCAAGACCCUCAUGUUAUAGGUUCGUCUUUAACAGCUUGUCAAUCCGCACUCGUUGCUGAGCGAGAUCCUCCACAACCACCAGCCUCAGCUUUUCCAGCUGUCCUACUCUCCUCCCCUCAACAGAGAGACAACUGGCGACAAAUUCCUGCGACACUUCCCAAUCCAAUGCACCGGGAUCUUCCUCCUGUAGAUAUCCUACGUUCCCGAGAGGACGCUCCCUCCCACUGCUCUGCCUCCAGCCACUCCAGCCUUCCUCUCUCCAGCCUUCCUCUCGCCAGCUUACCCUCUUCUUCCUCACUAUCGCUGACCUCAGACCACCUCAGCUCACAGCUCUCACCUGAAGCCAUGCUGGCUGAGAUCGCUCAGCUGAGCAGGCAGAACGACCUGAUUAAGGCCCAGCUCAGCCAGGCUAAGGGCCCCAGGUCAGGGUCUGGAGGAUCUCCUAACAGCAGCAUAGAGCAGAGGAGGCUGAGCUCCAGCAGCACGGGGAGGGUCACACCACAGAGUGUCGGAGAGAGGGGGACGUCAGGGUCAGGCAGCAAAGGGAGGAGGAGUCAAACUGUCCAGGCAGCUGAUCGAGAGCAACUGACCAAUCAGGCAACACCACCAAGCCCCCCCCCUGUGAGCACAUUGGAGCAGCGCCUCCUGGAGCUGAACAGACAGAGUGCAGCAGCGCGGGGCCGACUGCUGGAACUCAUCGACAAACAGAAGCAGAGUGUUGCAGCCAGAGUUUCCCCCUCUCACUCCCCUGUCCCUCCCUCAGCCUUCAGCCCACAUUCAGCAGAUGGAGGGGGGAGUCCAGAGGGCUCCAUGCUGCUGCAGAGGGGAGGUGUGGAGAGACGAUCUGCUGGCUCUGAAGUGUCUUCUCACAGUCUUGGAGGAGAAUCAAAACACAGCCAAACACAGAUGGAGAAACGUAGAGAGAGGGAGGGCUGGUUUUCUCUGUCCGCUCAUGUGACAUGACAAGAAGAAGAGUAUUUAUUAAACCUGUGUUUUUAUUUUUGUGUCUGUGUUUUUAAAUGACUGAAUUAAAUAUGUUUGAAAAUCUCA